CUCUUUGAGGUGUAUUUGGUAUUCCUUUGUUAUAUGUUGAUUUUUCUUUUUUUCCUCCCUAAAACGUAUCAUGUAGGGAUCACCUUGAAACCUACACCAGUGACUACACCAUACAAGUAUUGGUGGGGUAUUGUGUAGUCUAUAUUUUCAUGCAAACUUUCAUGAUUUCGGGGACCGUUUUCAUGUCAUUGCUUGCCGGAUCCCUGUUUGGAUUCUUCAAAGGUGUAGCUCUCGUUGUGUUCACCACCGCUGGUGCUUCCUCUUGCUAUUUCCUGUCAAAAGUAAUAGGGCGGCCCCUUGUGUUUUCCCUUUGGCCCGACAAGCUGAGCUUCUUCCAAGACCAGGUAGCUCAAAGAAGGGAGCGUAUGUUGAACUAUAUGCUUUUCCUUAGGCUUACUCCAACUUUGCCAAAUACAUUCAUUAAUGUAGCUUCACCUAUUGUGGACGUGCCUUACCAUAUUUUCUUCCUGGCAACGAUUAUUGGACUCAUCCCUGCUGCUUACAUAACUGUCAGGGCUGGAAUAGCUCUUGGCGAGUUACAAUCAGUCGGGGACCUUUAUGAUUUCAACUCAAUCGCCACUCUUUUCCUUAUAGGGGUCGUCUCGGUCACACCUACAGUUAUGAGCAAGACCAAAUCAUAGCGUUUGACUGGCAGAGCUUGCUUGUAAACGGAACUCCAAUCUCUUGGUUGUGCUGCUGCUGUAUGUGCGGUUAAUGGAGCUUACUCUGGUCCUGCUGAUCCUGACGAUAUCAAU